GAAAGUGAAGCAACGCCAUUUUGUCUUUUACGUGUGUUUAGUGUUGAUGUUUCAACAUGAGUGAUUAUUCUGCGGUAGCUCCGCCACAAAAUUUUAACCAUACAGCAGCCUUUGCUGCGGCCCUUCAACGUGCUAAGCAGAUUGCAGCCAAAAUUAACCCUGGAGCAGCAGCAACUGAUCCAAGUAGACAGAAAAGACCACACGACGAUAGUGGAUCUGAACCAGAACCAAAAAAAUUAGCUGGUCUUGAUUUUGGCCCUAAUCAAGCAAUGUCACCAGCGAAAAGUGGUACGCAGGCUCAAGGCGCAGCUGCAGUUCAUGCAGCUCACAUCGGCCUGACGAGCAGCGCGGCCCCUCCGCCUCCUUUCCAAGGCCCUGUUAUUAAUGAAGAUAUUAGAGUACCUGACAAAAUGGUCGGGCUAAUAAUUGGCCGUGGUGGGGAACAAAUAACACGGCUUCAAGCAGAGGCCGGUUGUAAAAUACAAAUGGGCGCGGACGGUUCUGGACAACCAGAUCGUGUGUGUUCAUUAUCCGGACCGCGUGAUGCAAUACAACGUGCAAAAGACAUGAUUUACAGCAUUGUUCAGACACAUCAGCGACCUCUUGACUCACCGCCACCUCCACAACACCCACCCACAAAUUCGAAUUCGAGUAGUUUAAAUUCAGAAUUCCCUGGUUUAGGAGCCCAGGGAGGAGGUGGUAGUGGUGUAACACAAGUAGAAAUAAUGGUUCCUGGACCAAAAGUAGGACUUAUCAUUGGUAAAGGUGGUGAAACAAUAAAACAAUUACAAGAAAAAUCUGGUGCCAAAAUGGUUGUCAUACAAGAAGGACCCAAUCCCGAACAAGAGAAACCAUUACGAAUUACUGGUGAUCCACAAAAAGUAGAAUAUGCAAAACAAUUAGUUUAUGAUCUCAUAGCGGAAAAAGAAAUGCAAGCAUAUAGAGGACCUGGAGGAGGCGGUGGUGGAGGUGGACCACGGGGUGGAAAUGGUGGACCUCCUAACCAAGGUAAUCAAAACAAUCGAGGGGAUAAUCGCGGUCCUGGAGGAGGAGGAGGUGGCUAUGGAGGAAGUAAUGACGGAGAUUUUGGUGGCAAUAAUGGUGGUAAUGGGGGAGAUGGUGUUGAGGUACAAGUACCUCGAGCGGCUGUUGGUGUAGUGAUUGGUAAAGGUGGAGAUAUGAUUAAAAAAAUACAAGCUGAAACAGGAGCUAGAGUACAGUUUCAACAAGGUCGUGAUGAUGGACCUGGUGAUCGACGAUGUUUUUUAACUGGCAAACCUCAGAAUGUUGAAGCAGCCCGGCAACGAAUUGAGGAAUUAAUUGAUAGUGUACAUAGGCGUGAUAACGAGGGAGGUAAUCAACAAGGUGGUAAUCAAGGACGAAAUAACAAUCGAGGUGGGGGCGGAGGUGGAGGUCGUAAUGAUUUUAAUAAUGGUAAUGGUAAUCAACGUAACGGUAACUUUGGAGGUGGGGCACCACAAUGGGGUGGUGGUCCACAAGGUAAUCAAUCUCAAGUUGAAGUCACGUUUCAAGUACCAACGUAUAAAUGUGGUGUAAUCAUUGGACGUGGAGGAGAAACAAUAAAACAAAUUAAUCAACAAUCUGGAGCACAUUGUGAAUUAGAUAGACGUGCACCGCCUGGAAAUGGUCAAGAGAAAACAUUCAUUAUUCGAGGUGAUGCUGAAUGCGUAGAAAAUGCAAAACGAAUAAUUAGUGAAAAAAUUCAAAUGCCAUUAUAUUUUACACCCACGUCGAAUAAUGGUGGUGGUGGCGGUAAUCCACCACCUGGUAUGGCGCCAGGGCCAAUGAAUCCAGCUGCCAUUCCAACCGCUUAUCCUGGUAUGGCACCACAACAAGCAUAUAAUCCACAACAACAAUGGGGGGUUGCACCGGGACCCGAUGCAGCAGCAGGUGGCUAUCCACAACAAUGGCCGCAACAAAAUGCGGCUGCGGCAACAACUCAAGUACAAAUCAAUCCACAAACCGGUCAACCUGACUAUUCAAAACAAUGGGCUGAAUAUUAUCGUUCUUUAGGAAUGCAUCGUGAAGCGGAUAUGAUUGAGCAACAGGCUAAAGCAGGUGGAGCAGCGGCUGCUGUACAAGCUCAACCUGCUGCAACAACGGUUGCACCUGUUGCUGGUCAACAACCAGCAGCAGGACAACCUACAGCCAAUGGUGCUGUUGCAGCGGGUGGAGCAGUACCUGGUGCUGCUCAACCUGACUACAGUGCACAGUGGGCCGAAUACUAUAGAAGUAUUGGUAAAAUAAAAGAAGCUGAAGCUAUUGAGGCUCAAAUGAAAAGUAAAACUGGAGCUGUAGCACCUGGUGGUAUGGCAACUAGUACUGCUGCCGUAAGUGUUGCAGGUUCUGUAGUUACAUCAACACCAAGUGCUCCAGUGCAGGCUACAGCUGUUACAGCAGCACCUGGACAACCAUUUGCUGGAUAUGCGAAUUAUGGAGGAUACUAUGCUCAAGCUCAACAGCAGCCAUUAGCAGGUGCUGGUGGUGCACCAGCCGGUGGUGCAGCGCCUCAGCCCCAAUAUGGAUUUCCAGGAUAUAAUCAAGGAUAUGGACAGCCACAACAGACUGAUAAUUCGAAUUGAUAAAAUUCAAGACUAUAAUUUACCUAGUGUUCACUCAAAAUCACACACACAAACUGUUGUCCUCUUGUUGUCUCUGCGUUGUUUGUAUGAAUAUUUAUAAUUAAUAAUUAUGAUAUAAAAUGAGACAAAUUCAUUUUAUAAAUGCUGGAAAGAAAUUCAAUACACACUCCAUUUAAUUAUAGAAAACAAACAAAAAAUUCAAAAAACGUUCAGUUGAUUAUCUGUUUGUCUCAAACAAUAUUGCAAGCGCUAGCAGGGUUUCUGUGGUCAAUGACCAGGUUAAUUCGUGAUAUAGAUCAUUCUGUAUGUUUUUUAACUCAUAGAAUCGAUUUUUGGUGGUUUCAGACUCAUCCAUUCGGUCACUUCACUCUUACCAUUUUUUGUGGGUUGUAAAAAUUUACUUCAUUUUCCUUGCUUUACUAAAUUUAAAAAAAAAUUUUUUUUGAAUCCAAGCAGUACAAAUUUUAGGACUAGAUGAAACUACCUAAGCAGUCGCUGCAUAACAAAUUGAAAAAAAGUCAAACGGUACAAACCUACCGCUUAUAAUUAACAAACAAAAACCAGUUUUUUCUUUUUAACUUUGGAGAGCAAUGUCUUGAAAAUUGCUCAUUUUAGCGAAAAAUCCUUCUGGAAAUUUUGGACCUAACUAAUAGUAAUUUCACAUACAAAUUUUUGAAUCGAUUGAAUAAGGGAUGUUUUUUCAACCUCCAAAAAAAUGCUAACGAUGACCGAGCAAAUGAGUUUGACUGGAAUAAUCAAAAAUAGUUUCUUGGGAUACAAAAAACAUACUAAAUUAUCUAUCUAUCAGCAGUAAACCUUUCAGUAUCCACAAAACUCCUGCUAGUGCUUGGAUUACAAGUUAAAAUAUGUUUUAAAAACAAAGAAAAUUGGACAUUUGUUAAACAAAUUUAUUAAUUUUUUUUAUAUUUUCUUUUUUGUUUUGAGCCAAUGAUUAGAUA